UGAUGUCACUCCAAUUGGGAAUAUAACAAACGGUUUAACUAUUAUUGCAUAACGUUUCCCUCAUCGAUCUUAAUAACGCUUACUUUAUACUGCGUUUACGACGAAAAAUAGGGGUCACUCAGUUAACAGCCAAGAAAUCGUCUCGAGAUUGAAUGAAUCGCGAAUUAUCGAGUUUCCACUUGCAUUUAUCCCUUAACUCAUUCUUCUCAAACAAAGUGUUACGCAAUGAUUAAUACGAUGCACGGAAAUCUUCAAGUCCCUUCAUCACACACUCUUUAUUGUCAUUCAGAAUUACUAUUGUAAAUGGAACAAUUCAUGUUUUUCGAAAAGAUAAAAUUGGUUUUGGGUCUUAACAGUUUGCAGAAGAGCGACGGAAUUAUUUGAUGUAGUUUAAAUGACAAUGACAAUCAUCAGACCGGCAGGUGGUUCACUGAUCAGGUGGGAGAGGAAUUGUUCUCUCAUUCUAAAAUUAGCGGACGCAUGAACAUUACGAAAAUGGGAUCACCUAAAUACCUUCCAUAUUUACGGAUAUGUUACAGAAAAUGUGUUUUGAACCGCACGUAUUCCGGUCGAUUCAAAUUCAAAUUUCACUCUUCCGCGUACACAUUUUUUAAUGCAGCAAGUCUGCCCUGAUAAAAGAAGUCUAGCAAUUACACUAAUUUUCGUAUUUAACUGAGACUUCUACUAAUGCCUUCCGUGUUAAUUCAAUAGCAAAAUGUAGUAGAUGAUAAAAUGUACAGCUGUUUAUUUCAACUUAUAAUUAUGCAUUUUCAUACAAUUCUUUUUAUAAACGAGAACUUUCAUUACUUAAUGUCAAGAAAUAUAGUGAUCUAAUUUACGUAUUGACCACUGUAUAUAUUCCCGUUGACAUUGUUUCGGAGCUGAGCGUUGACAAACCGGUCGACGCGUUCCCCUAAUGCGCUCUGAGGAAGUAAGAAUUAGGAGAUCGAUUACUAUACUUAAAUCGCGUCGAGUUCAAGUAGCCAAAGGAGGAGUCAGCGAAGACCAAAGGAAACUACUAAGGAUAGCCACCAACUUCGUUUAAGAAACCAGCAACAACAUUCAUCAUAACAAAAGAUUCGGAAGAGGCUCCAGAGACUGAGGAAUGAAAAUGGAGAACGCUAAGGAGGAGACGAUAAACAUGCAGCUGAUCGCUUCCGAGAGUCCGUACAAAGUUAAUAAUGAAAUCGCCGGAAGCGGUCUGAAUGAAUCGGAAGUCCCAAUAUCGCCGGCCACAAACACAGAAGACUACGACCCCCACAAACAUCGGAACAGACCGAAUCCAACUUCGAACGCGGAGACGUUGAUACAUUUGUUAAAAGGCAGCCUGGGUACCGGGAUCCUCGCGAUGCCCAACGCGUUCUGCAACAGCGGGCUGGUUACCGGCGUGAUAGGCACAGUGAUCAUUGGAAUAUUGUGCACAUACUGUUUACACGUAUUAGUGAAAGCUCAGUACAAACUGUGUAAACGGUUAAGAGUUCCUAUAUUGAGUUAUCCGCUGAGCAUGAAAUAUGCUCUCAAGGACGGACCCUACUGUGUUCGAUGGUUCGCGCCUUACGCACCAGGACUUGUAGACGGGUUCAUGAUUGUGUAUCAAUUGGGAAUAUGCUGCGUUUAUAUCGUAUUUGUAGCGUCGAAUAUCAAGCAGGUGGCGGACCAGUAUUGGGAACCGUUGGACGUUAAGACCCAUAUGCUGAUCUUGCUGCUACCAUUGAUCCUCAUCAAUUACAUUAGGAACUUGAAAUUAUUGGCACCGUUCUCCACUCUCGCGAACGUGAUCACGUUCGUCGGUCUCGCUAUGAUUCUGGUAUACAUGUUCAAAGAUCUGCCAUCCCCCAGCGAGAGGGAGAUGUUCGGCACGCUUAGAAAUUUCUCUCUCUACUUCGGGACGACGUUGUUCGCCUUGGAGGCUGUCGGCGUGAUCAUCGCGUUAGAGAAUAAUAUGAAGACACCGCAAUAUUUCGGAGGCUAUUGCGGUGUCCUCAACAUUGGAAUGACGGUGAUAGUGGCUCUGUACAUUGUCGUCGGUUUCUUCGGUUACAUAAAAUAUGGAGCGGAAGCUGGCGGAAGUGUUACUUUUAAUUUACCGGAGAAGGAAGUUAUGGCGCAGAGUAUCAAGAUAAUGUUUGCUAUAGCUAUUUUCAUCACGCACGCCCUGCAGGGGUACGUCCCCGUCGACAUUAUUUGGAAUACUUACCUGGAGCAGAAAGUACACAAGAGGAAAAUCUUUUGGGAGUAUGUUUGUCGGACGAUCAUCACCCUGGCUACUUUCACUUUGGCUAUCACGGUGCCUCGAUUAGGCCUGUUCAUUUCGCUGUUCGGUGCCCUGUGCCUGUCCGCCCUGGGCAUCACGUUCCCAGCGGUCAUCGAGAUCUGCGUAAUCUGGCCGGACAGAGAGUUCGGCCCGUGCAUGAGCAUGAUUCUGAAAAAUCUAUGCCUGAUCAUCUUCGGUAUACUCGGCCUGGUGAUCGGCACCUACGUGAGCAUCGUCGACAUAGUAAACUCCUUCAAGUGAGGCGCCAGCGGCCGAUUCUCAACGCAGGAACGUGCAAAGAGAGAAAGAAGAGUGGAAACGAGAGCGGAAGAGCAUUGAGUGAAUUAUGUAUGCAGGUGAGAGUGCAGGGGAGUUAAGAGAGUUCCGGGACACGCUUUUACUCGCGUAUAGAAAGAGAGACGCGGCUUCGUCACUAUUUUUCUCAAUGGCUUAAAGAGCUAGAAAUGGAAACCGAGGAGCAUUACGGGAAUGCCUCUUCGUCGCGUGAUCGCCGCUGUCGAUAGUGCACUUAGAACAGAGUGUAGAUGUCCUAUCUCUGGACCGCGGAUGUUUAUGUUUUACAAAAUUAAAUCUGGAAUUUAGAUUGUUAGAUAGAUAGUAAGAAUUGUUUUAUUUGUUAAGCAUUUUCCAGUCAAAUCCAUAGACAUCCGCUGUCUGUUUAGUUGGUGCAGUGUUGGGCAAGAAACGUUGACAAGCUUUUGAAUCAGCCAAAGAAAAUUAGGAAAAUUAGCUUAAUUGCCUUUCGAGUUCGAGACAUUAGGUCAGGUCGAUAUUAAGACGUUUUUCCGCAAGAGGAUAGCCCUCUAUGCACGGUGCCUAUAUAAAUAAUUAACUGUUAAUUGUAUAUUUAGCUCACUUUAGUCGCACUGCCUGACAGAGCACUUCGAACGGAAACCGAUUCGCGUUCUCUGAGCUGCUCCGUUUAUUCGAAAGUAUCUUACAUAAUUAAUCGUAAAAGGCCAAGUAAGUAAGUUUACGAUAUCGUAGAUAGUUAAUUAAAAGAUGCAAUUAGGAAAACGAAGCCUCCAACUCGAAAGGAAUUCCAAUUAAGUGUAUAAUAAUUGUUAAGCAAUUUCAGUAUUUUGAUUCGAAUUGGAAUUGAAUUAGGCCCAUCACUGGACUCUGGAAGAUAAAAAGAACAAUCGCCGACGUAUUUCUCUCGCGAUAAACGAAACCUGUGAUGUGAAGAUUUUAUAUAGGACCGAACUGUUGCAUUUCUACCGAAUUGUUGAUUGUCGUCCUUGAACGAGUUUGCAGGCGUAUGUGUCUGCGUUAUGUUUAUUGCAAAGUUGAAUCACAGGAUAGGAUUAUUGUUCGUGGACCUUUCUUUUGUCUCAGUGAUACGAGUACUUACGUUCACUGUACUGUUACUAAAUACGGAUUCAGAUGUUGACGAGAAUUCCAAACGAUAAAAAAAAUUCUAUGGCAUGAAAUGCCUUUUCUAAUAUUACUAAUAAAAGGAAAUGAAAAUAACAACAAAUCUUAGCUUGUAAUUUAUUAUCUAUAAAAUUCGAACCAAAUAAAUGAUAUCAUAAUUGAUUAUGAAUAUGAUAUGAUAAUGAUAUGAAUUUUAUAAUAAUUAAUCUCGUGCACUUUACUUGAAAUUAUCUUCUCAACACCUGAAUCAUCGCUAAACAUGAUCGUAUACCACACUUGGUAAAAGUAAAGAGACGAGAAAAAGAUGAAACAAAAAAUGUUACUAGUAAUAAUAACAAUAAAAGGAAGGUUUAAACUAAGUUAAACGAAGCCAGCAAUAAAAACUGUAUCGGCCCAUUGUUAAUGCCUUAUUUUCUAUUCAUUCGCGAUGCUUGUGUAACGAAGCGUUAUGCACACUCGCAGCUGUCGCGAAACAGUUCGCGGACAGACUCAAGAACCAGAGUUCAGAGUUCAAACAAUGGGACACGUGGUACCGCGGAUCAGAGUUCAAACAAUGGUACCGUGAAAACGAGACGAGGACGCAUCUACACGCCAUUUAUACAUGUAUACCGUCACUGCCGGGAACCUUGACUCGGGUCAUUACGAUCAUUGCAUCAAAUGACCCGAGAUACAUCCGAAUAUCUGUUAAGCCUCGUGCGCUCGCGAGAGAAAUUUUGUCAUUGCUCACGUGCGAAUUAAUAAAAUUUAAUCGAUGCAUAAAAUAAUUUAUCAAUCACUAUAUUCUAUUACUUAAGGAAAUCAAUUUUCGUUUCUCUGAAUUCAAGAAUAAAUUAAGUGAGUCUUGUCAUACUUAUUUGAAAUUCAUUUUGUUCAUAAAAUUUACAAUUUCGAUUUGUUCGACAAUCUAUAUGAAGACAACGAUUUUUAAUACAGCGAGGCUUUAAGAUAUUCGCCCGAAAUCUUUUUGUUUUCGCUACGUUCGCACAAUCAUUAACUCCCGUUCACCGCUUCCUGGACGCUUACCAUACACUUUUGUUAUAAAGAAAUUUUUAUUUAGACUUUCUCACUUAUCUCGUUUUUUACUCAACUGCUUUCCGUCUUGGCAACUAGGUUCGCGUCCGCGGAGCGUUUCACUUCCUAAAAGAACUCCUUAUUUAAAACGAUCAUGUAUUGUAAGUUACUGAGGAUGUUUCUUAAAAAGAUAUGCAUUUUGUGUAUAAGUUUUAAAUUCUGAAUAUUUUUGUUUUUGGUCAUUGUAUUUCUGAUAUAAUAAACUCUCUAUUCUUA